GAAGCUUCACCGGCUUUCGUUGAAUUUGGAUGCUAAUUGUUUGACAGAAUUAUUGGAUAGAUAUGAUAUUUUAGAAAAUAUGAUAGCCAGCACAGAAGUUAUAUAUCCCAGGAACAAUUCCGACGUUUGGUAAAUAUGAUCUCUUCCCUUCAAAAGCAGGUAUCGGAGGAUUUAUGAUGACCCACCUCAAGGGGUCUAGCAGAAGUACAUCUGACAGCAAAAUGACCGGUCUCUAUGAUUUGCAAGAAACGUUAGGCAAGGGUCAUUUUGCUGUUGUCAAGUUAGCCCGUCAUAUAUUUACUGACGAAAAGGUGGCCGUAAAAGUUAUUGAUAAGACUAAGCUAGAUGAAAUUUCUAGAGCACACCUUCUACAGGAAGUGACAUGUAUGAAACUUGUGCAGCACCCCAAUGUUGUGAGAUUAUAUGAAGUUAUUGACACCCAAACAAAACUUUACUUGAUUCUUGAACUUGGAGAUGGCGGUGACAUGUAUGAUUAUAUAAUGCAGCAUGAAAAUGGGUUAGGAGAAGACUUUGCAAGAAUAUAUUUUAUACAGAUUGUACAGGCUGUGUCAUAUUGUCACAAGCUUCAUGUUGUACAUAGAGAUUUAAAGCCUGAAAAUGUGAUAUUCUUUAAGGAUCAAGGAGUUGUAAAACUAACUGAUUUUGGAUUCAGCAACUGCUACAAUCCAGGACAAAAACUUGAAACAAGUUGUGGCAGUCUUGCAUAUUCUGCACCGGAAAUUUUACUAGGUGAUUCUUACGAUGCCCCUGCUGUAGAUGUAUGGAGCCUUGGUGUGUUGCUAUAUAUGCUUGUCUGUGGUGAACCUCCUUUCAACGAAACCAAUGACAGCGAAACAUUAACAAUGAUUAUGGACUGCAAGUAUAGAUUUCCAGACCAUAUAUCUGACUCCUGUAGAAGUUUGAUAUCUCAGUUACUGGUACGCGAACCCGAGAAACGUUUGGAUUUAAAGACGAUUGAAAAUCAUCCUUGGCUCAAGAUGAAUCAAGUACCCAUUGCAGUUGAACCGCUCAUUACUAAGCAGGAUAUAUCUGUUGGACUGCAUUCGGCCAUAAUCGAAUCUAUGAUUUGCGGAAACGUCGCUGAUGAAUUCACUAUAACAAACUCUCUUGAAAGUGACUCCUAUGAUCACAUCACUGCUACAUAUUUCCUGCUAGCGGAACGCAAGUUAAAGAAGAAUCUGUCAAAGAAAAAAGCUGCAAGUUCACCUGCCUGUCAAAAGUCUAGAUUGAAUGGAGAGGAUCAAGGGAAAAUUUCGAGCCAACCCAGAGCUAUUGAAGAUCGACAAAAACCACCCCUUGAAAGACAAAAGAGCACAGAGUCUUUACCGCACGAAGAUUCAGCCCUCGGCAGCAGUCCCCGUCGCCAUUUACCUGAACGGGAACACCUGUCCAUUCAACCUAGACAUAACUGGAGUAUUGUAAAGGAAGGAAUUGAGAGCCUAGAAGAAGAAGAGGAGGAACACCAUCUUCUAUUUGAAGAUAUGGAUCUGACUGGUACCCCUAGUGGAUCAAAGGCUGCAAGUAGGAAACAAACUAAUACAAGUAAUCGCACUACCUUCCAACAACGACGUACUACCCCGACCACUUUAAACCAAAUCACUGAAGAGGAAGGAGAAUCUGAGGAUGAAUAUGGAGAUUUGAAAGACGAAAAAUUAUCAAAUUCACGGAGCAUUCAUGGCCGUCAGACAAUCACUGUGAAGAACAAAGCACCGCAAUUCAAGCGAGCGAAAGUGAAGAAAAACAACUCCAGUCGAGGGGGCUAUAGUUCAUCAGAUGCAAGUGAUGAAGAUUCUGACACAAGACGAAGAUCCGAUAAGUUUGAUAUCCCAAGCCGUGGCAAACGCAGAGGCAGCAAAGAUGGACCCCCCGGUGGGGGUAGUGGCAGUGGUAGUAACAACAGUAAACAAGGAAUGAGUGGGCCUGGUGGGAAGGCUAACAACAGUGGCACUAGAGGGGGGUAUAAAAAUGAUAGCAAUAGUAGUAAUAAUUCUAAUAGUGCCUCUGGAAAUUACGAGCAGAAGCGGAACAACGAACUUAGAGACAGCUUAAAGCAGAGCAACCUAAGUGUAAACUCAUCGCAUUCAUCAAGCUCUUACAGUAUAAGCAAAUACGCCAUUGAUCCUAAUAAUACCACACCAAGCGAUUCCGAUGAUCAAGCCACAGAGUUACAUAAGGUCUGGUCUAAAAAUAGCAUGACCAAAUCUGACAGCAAUCUGUACAUAAUUCCGUCAGAAUCUGAGAAGAACAACUCACUGACUGAUUCGGAGAUAGAAAAGAAUUCACGGGACACUACACUUUACAUUGACAAAUUGAACAUAGAUCUAAAUGGCAAUGGAAACCAAUGGAAAUUGGAUUUCAAGAAAAAAAGAAACAGGAUUAGAAAUUUUGAUGAUGUAGACGAUGAAGGCCCUGUGCCAAACAAGACACCAUCCCGUGUGGAGAGUAACUGUUGCAGAUUAUUCUAAAGUGCUUGAAGCUAUCGCUGCUGGGAGACAUUUUGAAAUGGGGGUGCUGAUUUUGGAAGGAAGUCACUACAGCUAUACAACUGAAACCAGGCUUAGCUUUGGAUGUCUUGCGUGGAUGCCUUCAGCACCCAUACUUUAAUAUAGGUGGUACUGUAUCAAACUGAGACCUCCCCCCCCCCACCCCUAGCAACCUUAUAUUAAAUCAGGAUCUGUGUCAUCUGUACUUUAAUUAGGCAUACUCUAUCACCCCCAGCAUUCCUAAUUUAGUUUAAGAAACCACCUCGAUCAUAGUACCACUGGUCCCUGCAACUAUAGUGUUAGUAUGAUAAAUUGUUUCAAUUCUUGUUUGUGGUAUGGUGUAGCAUCCAAAUAACAGUAUUUUACGUAGUAAAUAAACUAUCUACACUUGUAGUGUUAUUUUGCUUUCUCAAACAUUUUUCAUAUAUUAAUUACCUCAAGUGGUACACUCUCGAAUAACAACAUCAAUUUUCUGAAAUUAAUCCAUGUUAAUUUAUAUAGUUAUUUCUCUUGGUUUGUAUUUUAGGUGAGUAUUACUUUGGUAUUUAAUUAUAGUCUUUGUAAGUCUCAAAUAUGUUUUAACCACCUGAAAAAAAUUCUAAAUUUAUUUUUACACUGAAAAAGGAAAUUUUUGUUGUUGCAAUUUUUCAGUGUAUGUCAAGCAUUUUGAAAUUAAACUUAUUGAAGGGGCAAUGAUGAAUUUGGACACCGUAUAAUGUUUAUUUUUAACAGAUUAUUGCAAAGUGUGGCCCUUAGUUUAGUGAAAAUAACACUUACGAAUCCUUCACCUGAAAUUAAUAAUAAUAAAUGUGUUUGAAUUGUUUUAAUAA